GUAUCAUGUAAGCCAAGCCAGUGUUCGAUUCGUGACGCAGUUGCUCUAGCUAGACGCUCGGGCCCGCGUACCUGUGGCUUCCGACUUCGUGAACAUCCUCAGAGCCGCAUCAGCACCACCGCAAACGCGCCCGCAACCAACACACCCGACACACCUCGCCUCUUUCACCCACCUCCCCCAUCUCUGAUCCAACGACUAUACGCACACACCGACGAUGCCCGCCACGACAGCAGAGACGCUGUCACUCGUGACUCGCACUGUGUCGGUUGCGCCGCUCGUGCUCCUCUCCGCUGCAGAUCACUACGGCCGCCAGGCAAAGGGGACACGGAAACGAGUUGUCGGUGUGCUUCUGGGACAGAAUGAUGGCACGAACGUCAGAGUAUCAAACAGCUUCGCCGUACCAUUUGAGGAAGACGAGAAGGACCCUUCAGUGUGGUUUCUGGACCACAACUAUGUCGAGUCGAUGAACGACAUGUUCAAGAAGAUCAACGCACGCGAGAAGCUCAUCGGCUGGUAUCACACAGGCCCCAAGCUGCGCGCAUCAGACCUGGAGGUCAACGAGCUGUUCAAGCGCUACACACCAAACCCUUUGCUUGUCAUUAUAGACGUGCAGCCGAAGGAGGUCGGCGUCCCAACAGACGCCUAUUUCGCUGUCGAGGAGAUCAAGGACGACGGCACAACAACCUCCAAGACCUUCGUCCACACACCCUCGAUAAUCGAAGCUGAAGAAGCUGAGGAGAUUGGUGUCGAGCAUCUCCUCCGUGAUAUCCGCGAUGUUGCGGUCGGCACGCUCUCCUCGCGCAUAACCUCACAACUCCAGUCGCUGCAAGGCCUGCAUUUGCGCCUGCGCGAUAUUGGGCAGUACCUGCAGAAGGUCCUUGACGAAGAUCUACCAGUGAACCACGCAAUCCUUGGAAACCUACAAGAUGUGUUCAAUCUCCUUCCGAACCUGUCCACACCGAAGCCGGCACCAGUCGGCGGAGCAACAAAUGGCGUCGGCGCAGCGGCGGGCGCAGCGGGCGCUAUCGACAACGGCGAGCUUGCACGUGCAAUGAGCAUCAAGACAAACGAUCAGCUUAUGGCUAUCUACCUCUCGAGUUUGAUUCGCGCCAUCACGGCAUUCCACGACCUCAUCGAGAAUAAGAUCCAGAACAAGCAGCAGGCGGAAGAUAAAGAGGCGAAGAAGGAUGAAGGCAAGGACGGCGAGAAGGAGAAGAAGCCCGACGCUGUGAACGGUGAGGCAAAGGAGGGCGACAAGAGCAAGGACAAGGCAAAGGAUGAGAAGAAGAAGCCAUGAAGAUGAGGACAUGCUCGUGCUGAAAUAUACACCUCGAGUAGCUCUGCUUCGGUCUGUUGGUGCUGCAUGCUCGCCAUCUGGACGGCGUAGAAAGUCGACAUUGGGCAGACAGUUUGCACCAAAGAUACAUGGCUCAUGACUUGAUAGACUCGAGACGAUAAUGCAUCACGUCAAACGAUCACCUUAGUAUCAUAAUAU